AUGACAGGCGAUAAUGUGUCAUUUAUAAAGAAUGACUUGAGUGACAUCUAUACUGGUCUAUUCACCCGAAAAAGUGUUGAAGAUUUAAUUUUGGUUAAUUUUGUCAUUGUCUAUACUUGUGUCUGUGUGUUUGGGAUUGUGACCAACAGCAUCAACAUCUAUGUCUACGCUAAGAUGAAAUCCAGAGACGCUGUCAAUAUUAGCCUUCUGUCUUUAUCCAUCUCGGACAUGCUGAGCUUAUAUUUUCUCCUGUUGGUCAGCAUCUCGUAUUAUCCUAUAUGGGAUGCGUCCAAUCUAGGCGUCGCCAUUCAGGACAUUGACGUACUGGUCUUCGCCUGGCCACAGUUUUGCUUCCGUCGCGUCAGCAACUGGAUUACGUCAUUCGUGACGUUCGAGAGAUGCAUCUGCAUCGCCAGCCCACUCAAGGUCAAGGCCAUCAUCACGCCCCGAAGGACGGUGAUCACCAUGGUGGUGAUCGUGGCGGCCAUGGUGCUGACCGUGUCCCCCGCCUACUUCGCUGCCGUCUACCAACAAAGCUACGACGACGUCCGGAACAGGACGCUACUAAAGCUAGUUUCCUUUAACAACAGCGCACAGAUAGACACGAUUUCCAUUGGCAUAUCUUUGGUAAUGACCAACGCGACCUUUGUGUGGGUGAUUGCCUGCACCUCGCUCCUGGUGGUCAGCCUUUAUAAGAAAUUAAAAUGGCGGGAAACUGCUGGGAGUAUAGAACGCUUAGACAAAAUUUCAAAGAGGGACAUGAAGGUCAUCAAGAUGGUCAUACUGAUUGCCGUGAUCUUCAUUAUAACUUUCACGCCAGACGUGGUGACUCUCCUCACGAUGACCUUCGACCAGAGAGUAUCCAUCUAUGGUCAGUACUUUGACUUAUUUCUUUUGCUCAAUGGAAUCGGUGAACCGUUGCUGGCUUUAGCAUCGUCCGUAAACUUUUUUGUUUAUAUGUCAAUGAGUGGAAACUUUCAGAAAACAUUUUCAACGUAUUGUUCUAGGCUUGUUAAUUAA